AUGGCGUUUAUGAUGAAGACUGACCAACUUACCUUUGAAAAAGCCUUUGAAUUCCUCCGGAUCAUUAAACGAGAAGCUAAGAUGAAUGAGGGGUUUGAGUGGCAGCUGAAAUUAUACCAGGCUAUGGGCUAUGAAGUGGAUACCUCUAGUGCAAUUUAUAAGCAAUAUCCUUUACAAAAGGUUACUACAGAGAAGUAUCCAGAAUUGCAGGAUUUACCUCAGGAACCUUUUGCUGUUGACCCAGCCACCAUUUCACAAGGAUUAAAAGAUGAAGUUCUCUGUCCAUGUAGAAAGUGCAGGCGAUCUUUAUUUCGAAGUUCAAGUAUUUUGGAUCAUCAUGAAGGAAGUGGACCUAUAGCUUUUGCCCAUAAGAGAAUGACACUGCCUUUCGUGCUUACCACAGGGGGUCCGGCUCAGUGUACAUCUUAUUUCAUUGAACCUGUACAGUGGAUGGAAUCUACUUUGUUGGGAGCGAUAGGUGGACAGCUUCUUUGCCCAAAAUGCAGUGCCAAAUUGGGUUCCUUCAACUGGUAUGGUGAACAGUGGGCAGAUGGAUAACUCCUGCGUUCCAAA